AUGGAUGAAUUUUACUUGAAGAAUGUGGUGAGCAGGGUGGCCAACUUGCCUUUGGUCAGAUCUGCCUGUGAUCUGGUUUCCAUGGUCUACAUCUCCACUAAAGAGAGCCACCCCCACAUCAGAUCUCUGUGUGAUGUGGCAGCUAAAGGAGUGAAGACUAUGACUGAAGCUACAAUCAACUGUGCACAGCCAGUUCUGACUAAACUUGAACCUCAGAUUGCAACAGCAAAUGAAUUUGCCUGCAAAGGACUGGAAAAGCUGGAGGAGAAACUGCCAAUCCUUCAACAGCCGACUGAUAAGGUUCUUUUGGAUGCCAAAGAGUUGGUGACAGGUACCAGGGAUGCCAUGAACAGCAAAGUGACUGAGGUGCUGGACAAGACCAUGCAGGCAGCCAAAUCAGCAGUAACCAGCAGCAUGAGCACAGUUAUGGGCUCCAGACUGGGGCUUGUGGCUGUGAGUGGAAGAGAAGCUGUGCAGGAGAAAUCAGCAGACCUGGUGGAUCACUCCCUCCCCAUAACAGAUGAUGAACUAGCUAAAUUAGCAGCCUCUGUGAAGGGCUUUGAGGUGGCUUCUGUGGAACAGCAGCAGAAGUACUUUGUGCGUCUGGGGUCUCUGUCCCCUGAACUCCGUCAGUGUGCCUACCUGCAGUCCAUGGGCAAAGUGAGACUGCUUCAUCAGAGCAUGCAGGAGAACCUCUCUCAGAUCCAGCACACCAUUGACUUGAUUCAGAAUGUCAAGCAGAGUGUGGGUAAGAAACUACACAAGGGUCAGCAGAAGCUGCACCAGUUGUGGCUGGAGUGGACUAAGAAGGAGCUUGCAGUAAUUGACGAGGGAUCUGCAUGGCCAGAGGUGGAUACCCUGGUUCUGGUCAUGUCUUGGAGACUCACCCAGCAGCUGCAGACCAUGUGCCUGAACCUAGUCAUUAUCAUCCAAGGCCUUCCUACCAGCAUUCAGGACAAGAUGCAGCAGGCUCAUCACAAUCUGCAAGAGGUCCAUGCUGUCUGCUCCAAGGCCAGCUCCUUCCAGGGCCUGUCCACCAGUAUCCUGACCUGCAGCAAGCAGAAGCUGCUCAGGGCCCAGGAAUAUGUGGUGCAUAAUGCUCCCCUUUCCUGGCUAGUGGGACCCUUUACCUCCUGUGGCAGAACCACUGCAGAAUUGCAGCACCAGGAAAAUAGCAGGGUUCUCUAA